CCCUCCCCACUGAAACACUAAAUGAAGCACUAAAAACUCUGCAGAACACAGAUGCAUGCAGUAAAUGAAGAGUCAGUGAAAGCCACAUGCUUUCUUUUAUGAUUUCACUUACCACAAAAACCAAAAAACCAAAAAAUUAGUUUUUUGCUACAUAUUCUAAUGCAAGACAUGGGUUCUUCUUAGCCACUCUUGUCAUCUCCCCUGAAUUCCUGGUGGACUUUGUUGCCCUCUAAAUCUUGUUGUGACGGAAAGGCCGGUGAUUCUGUUUCCAGCUACUCCCUUCGUGUGAAAUUUCUUAUGGGUUGAGUUGCUUAAAGCCCAAAGGGGAUUCCUGAGAAGUUUUUGAAGAGUCUGAGAACCAAAAAAAAAAAAAACACUCUUUCUUGGGGACAUUGUCAUUUGGCGUAAUUGCAAAUAUUUCUACAUCAUGAAAGUUUCUGGGUUUUGGGUUUUGGUUUUGCUGCUUGGAACAGUUCUAGUACUAGUCCUUAAUGUCUCUAGCAGCAGAAAUGGCUACUCUUAUCCAGAUUUUGUCUUCAACCACACUGGCGAUGGGCCAAAAAGGAUAGCUAUAAGUAGGAAGCUCAAGGAGAAUGGCUACACUCCAAGGACACAGAAGAAAGGCAAUGUGAGAAAUGUGAAUCUGGAUGACUAUCACCCCAUUGAUCCUUCUCCAAGUUCAAAAGCUUCCAUAAAGCCGGGUCCGAUUGAGCACGGCACGCCUAUAAUCCCAUACAUUCCAAAGCCUUUACCUCCUGCUCAACCCAGUCCUGGUGCCACUCCUUAGCCACCUCAUGUCAUGUUCCUCUAUUGUGUCUGUGCAUGCUAGAAUCUUUAUGUUAAUUUCAACUUAGUAGUUGUCAUCAUAACGAGCUUCCAUGCAUAUAUAUAUAUAUAUAUAUAUAUAUGUUGUGUGUAUAAUGUUCAUGCACCAAUUCAGACUUCUGUGCAUGCCCUGUACUUGUUUGCGUUUUGUCAUCAUAUGAAGUUCUUGUGUUGUGUCUUUAACAACCUAAAAAUAAUUUGCAGCUUCUUAUGCAA